UCAAGGCUCAGUACUAGGACCAUUACUGAGCAGGACCUUCAGAUCCUCGGCGUCUCUGCUGGAGAAGCUUCAUCUUCAUCUGUCAACGCUGUAGAAUGGCACAGAAAGCAGACAGAACUCCAUCUACAGAGAGCCAAUCAGCUGAUGGCUCCGCCCCCAAAUCCGCCCUCCGCAAGACAGCGUCCGGCGAUGCCUCCAAGAAGAAGAAAAGUAAGAAAUCAAACGAGGAUGCCAUGAACAAGGUGUACACUAACCUGCUGAACAGCAUCUUCGGACAGGACCGAGAGUUGUCUCAGCCGGAGCUGGACGAGCUGGCCGAGGCCUUCAAGGAGUUCGAUUACGAUCAGGACGGCUAUCUGAACUAUAAGGAUCUGGCCGAGUGCAUGCGGACGAUGGGCUACAUGCCCACAGAGAUGGAGCUGCUGGAGAUCAUCCAGCAGAUCAAGAUGAGGCUUGGAGGUCUGAUGGAUUUCGAUGAUUUCUGUGAGUUGAUGGGUCCCAGGAUGAUGGUGGAGACGACGGAUAUGCUGGGACUCAAAGAGCUCAAAAGCUCCUUCUGUCAGUUUGACGCUGACGGUGAUGGGAAGAUCUCUCUGGAUGAGAUGAAGGAGGCUUUGAAGACUCUGUUAGGAGAGAAACUCAAGAAAGGAGAGCUGGAGGAGAUCCUGAAGGAGCUGGACCUGAACGGAGACGGAACCGUGGAUUUCGACGAGUUUGUGAUGAUGCUGUCGGUGCGAUAACACCCUCAUCUACUGUCACCCUUCCUCAUCCAACAGCAGACGAUUCGGGGAAACCUGGAGAUAUCUGGGCUCUUGAUUACUGUGUUUUCCAGAUGAAAUCAUUUCUGUCACUAGAUGUUGGUCUUUAUGGACUAGUAACUAUAAUAGUUGAAAUCUGUUCAUUUUGUACAUCGGUUCCUAACAUACGAAUGGAGGUUGCCAAGUGUUUUCUGUGAAAUGAGUUCAUGAAUGUCUGGAAAAGUCAUGGAAAUUAAUUCUGGCCUGAUCAUAGAAGUGUGACUUCAUCACAAACUAGCGUCAGGUAGAA